GUCCCCCGACAUGCGGCCUGUAAGGUGAGCACCCUUGUAGCUACCGCCAGGAACAUCACCGCCCUCUCCGAACAAACAUCAUUCUGGGUGCCUCCGAUAGUUAUACGCAACACCGCUCUUCGUCGCUUCUUCGGUUCAAUCUUAGGUUAUCUCCCAGCCAUUCUCUCGACCCUCUUCCGCCAUGGCGGCUAACAAGGCGUCCCGAUUGGGGGAAGAGAUCUGGAAGACACGGAUAGACAAGGUCAACGCCGAGCUGGUCGUCCUCACAUACGGCACCAUCGUUGCGCAGCUGUGUAAGGACUUUGACAGCGACUAUGUCGAGGUCAACAAGCAACUCGAUAGAAUGGGGUACAACAUCGGUCUGCGCCUAAUCGAGGAUUACCUUGCGAAAUCCAACACUGUACGCCGAUGUUCGAACUUUAAGGAAACAGCCGAGAUGAUCGCGAAGGUUGGGUUCAAGAUAUUCCUCAACAUCACGCCAACGAUAGCGAAUUGGACCAACGACGGCAAGCAGUUCUCCCUGAUCUUCGAUGAGAACCCCUUUGCCGACUUUGUGGAACUACCCGACGACGGCCGGGCCCAAGACGAGCUGUGGUAUUCGAAUAUCCUGUGCGGCGUGUUGAGGGGAGCGUUGGAGAUGGUACAAAUGCAGGUGGAGGCCCAUUUCAUCAGCGACGUGCUCAGGGGUAACGAUACGACCGAGAUGCGCAUCACGCUGAUACGAUAUAUCGAUGACGAGUUGCCACCAGAGGACGACUAG